AUGAGCCCUUUUUGGAGACCACCAUUGUACCCCGGAAUCAGCGCCGGCUAUUGUGGCUGCAUCGUCAUCGUCAAGAAUGAACGCAAAUACCUGCCUCUUACACAUGUCAGCGCCCACGCCACGCUGCUCGCCUCCACCUCCCGCACCACCCUCACCCAGACCUUCAAGAACCCGACAUCCGAGACCAUCAAGGAAUCCCGCUACGUGUUUCCUCUCUUUGACGGCGUCUCCGUCGUCACCUUCACCUGCACCAUUGGAACGACUGUCAUCAAGGGCAUUGUCAAGUCCAAGCCAGAGGCCAAGAAGGAGUUUGACGCCGCUGUCGCCCGCGGUGAGCAGGCCGGCCUGCUCGAGCAGUCGGACCGGGCAUCGGAUGUCUUUACCACGUCACUGGGCAACGUCGGCCCCAACGAGGAGGCCAAGGUGGAAAUCACCUUCCUCGGGGAGCUCAAGCACGACGCCGAGGUGGACGGCCUACGCUACACCAUCCCGACCAGCAUCGCCCCGCGCUAUGCCGACGACCUGGUCUUGCCCAUCCCGGUGAACCAGUCCAACGUAACAACGGCAGACGCGUCCUUCGGCGUCACGGUUGAUGUAGACUUGGCGACCGGUGCUGCAAUCAAGAGCGUGCAGUCCCCGUCACACCCCAUCUCGGUCAACAUCGGCACUACAUCUACACAGGCUAAUGAAGACCCGUCUCUACAAUGCGCCUCGGCCAGCCUCACGCGCACCGAGGUGGCGCUCGACAAGGACUUUAUCGUGCAGGUCUGCGCCAAGGGCCUGGGCGACCCUUCGGCCGUGCUCGAGACGCACGCGACCAUCCCCGGCCGGCGCGCCGUCAUGGCCACGCUGGUGCCGCGCUUCAACCUCGCCGCCGAGACGCCCGAGGUGGUCUUCAUCUGCGACCGCAGCGGCAGCAUGGACACGGGCACGAGGCUGCCCAACCUUGUCGCCGCACUGCAAGUCUUUCUACGGUCGCUGCCCGUCGGCGUGCUCUUCAAUAUCUGCAGCUUCGGCUCCACGCAUUCGUUCCUGUGGCCCAAGUCGCAGCCCUACAACCAAACGACGCUAGACCAGGCGGCGAAGCACGUUAGCGGCUUCAAGGCCGACUUUGGCGGCACGAUGAUCCGCGAGCCCAUCGAGGCCACCUUCGCCAACCGCGAUUCCUCCCGCAACCUCGAGGUGUUCCUGAUGACGGACGGCGAGACGUGGGACGAGCAGGCGACGUUUGACGCUGUCAAUCAGGCGGUGGAGGAGGCCAAGGGUGCGAUCCGGCUGUUCGCGCUGGGCGUUGGCGCGGACGUGAGCCACUCGCUCAUCGAGGGUGUGGCGCGCGCAGGCCGCGGCUUCACGCAGUCGGUUGGCGAGAACGAGAAUAUGAGCAAGAAGGUGGUGCGCAUGCUCAAGGGCGCCCUGACGCCCCAUGUCAACGACUACAGCCUCGAGAUCAAGUACGAAAAGGGCGAAGACGACGACGACGACGAGUUUGAGCUGGUGGAAAAAGUCAACGAGUGCACCAUCGUGGACAGCGUCGAGGAGCCGGCGAAAAAGCCCAUCUCUCUCCACGACACGUCGGUCAAGAAUGAGGACUUGGAGAUGCCCGACGCCAAAGAGAAGGAGCUGCCCCUUCCCACCCUGCCCACACCAACAUAUCUACAAGCACCAUACACCAUUCCUCCGCUGUUCCCAUUCACGCGGACGACCGUGUACGUGUUGCUCUCAGAGGCUCGCGCGAACCACACGCCCAAGUCGGUCGUCCUGCGAGGCACCGCGCCACAAGGUCCGCUGACGCUGGAGAUCCCUAUCGUGGCCGUUGACGCCAAGGGCACCACGGUGCACCAGCUCGCGGCGCGUAAGGCGGUGCAGGAUCUCGAGGAGGGCCGCGGCUGGGUGCGCGACGCCAAGCUGAAGGAGGGAGGCAAGCCGCUCCGGGAGGUGUACGCGAUGCGCAUGACGGACGUGGCCAAGGAGGCGGCCGUGAAGCUCGGGGUCGAGUACCAGGUGGCGGGCAAGUGGUGCUCGUUCGUCGCGGUUAAGAAGGUGACGGGCAAGUCGGUGGCGCCGGCGGAGGGAUCCAAAUCAGAUGACAAGGUCGAUGAGGAGGAGGAGUACGAGGACGUCGGCUUCGGUUUUAUGGAUGACUCCGGUGAGGCGGCCAAGCAGCAGCACGCCGGCCCGCGAUUCGCAAAGAGGUCUAUGAUGCAGCCGAUGGCCGCGAUGAGGAUGCGCAGCGCAGCACCCAUGCCCGCGGCGCCGGUCGCUUUCGGCGGCGCCCCCGUCGGCCCCAGUGCCCCCAGCUUCUAUGCCCUUGACACGGGCAGCAACUCUGGUGCUCUGUUUGGUUCCGGCAGCGCGGCACCACCACCACCACCACCGCAGUCAGCGUCAGCAUUCUCAGCAUUCUCAGCACCGGCGCCGCAGGCGAGCGCGGCGCCGCCCGGUGGUGCCUUUGGUGGUGCAGCGGCUGGCGACCCGCGCGAAUCGCUUUCAGGGCCAGAGGAGAAGAAGAAGAAGUCGACGCCGCUCGAGGCCAUCAUUGCGCUGCAGACAUUUGGCGGUAGCUGGACGUGGUCGGCGGAGCUGGAGACGCUACUGGGCGGGGUGACGCCGGAGAGCGCUGGGGAGCGGCUCGGAGUGGAGUCGGAAGCGGCGGCGACGCUGUGCACGGUCGCAUACCUCCGGGCGAAGAUGGCGGACGAGGAGGAGGUGUGGGAGCUGGUGGUGGACAAGGCGCGAGCGUGGCUGGCGACGACGCUGGCGAUGGGCGAGGACGAGAUGGCGGCGCUGGAGGGGAAGGCGAGGGAGUUGGUGGGUUCAUAA